AUGACAGGGAGGAAUGAAACUGUUGUCUCUGAGUUCCUGCUGCUGGGACUGCCCAUCCAGUCAGAGCAUCAGCACCUGUUCUCUGCCCUGUUCCUGGCCAUGUAUGUUACCACCAUCCUGGGGAACCUCCUCAUCAUGGUCCUCAUUUGCUUGGACCCCCACCUCCACACACCCAUGUACUUGCUUCUCAGCAAUUUGUCCUUCUCUGAUCUCUGCUUUUCCUCUGUCACAGUGCCCAAGUUGCUGCAGGACAUGCAGAGCCACGUCCCAUCCAUCCCCUAUGCUGCCUGCCUGACCCAAAUGUACUUCUUCCUAUUUUUUGCAGACCUUGAGGACUUCCUCCUUGCGGCCAUGGCCUAUGACCGCUAUGUGGCCAUCUGCUUCCCCCUGCACUACACCACCAUCAUGAGCCCCAAGCUCUGUCUCUUCCUGGUGGUUCUGCCUUGGGUGCUGACCACGUUCACCGCCAUGUUAGAGGCUCUGCUCACUGCCAGACUGCGUUUUUGUGCAGACAAUGUGAUCCCCCACUUUUUCUGUGAUUUGUCUGCUCUGCUGAAGCUGUCCUGCUCGGACACUCGAGUUAAUGAGCUGGUGACAGUUAUCGUUGGGGGGCUCGUCAUUGUCCUCCCAUUCCUACUCAUCAUCCUGUCCUACGCACGAAUUCUCUCUUCCAUCCUCAAGGUCCCUUCUGCCAAGGGCAUCUGCAAAGCCUUCUCCACCUGUGGCUCCCACCUCUCCGUGGUGUCUCUCUUCUAUGGGUCAAUUAUUGGUCUCUAUUUAUGCCCUUCAGCUAAUAACUCUGCUGUUAAGGAGACUGUCAUGUCUGUGAUGUACACUGUGGUGACCCCCAUGCUGAACCCCUUCAUCUACAGCCUGAGGAACAGAGACAUGAAGGGAGCCCUGGGAAGAGUCUUUUGCAAAAAGAAAAUAUCUUUCUCUCUAAAAUGGUAA